AUGGAUGCCUCGGAGAAUGAUAUUGAUGUGUAUCUGCACAAGCAUUCCAAAAUCCUGCUCGGUGAGUUGGAUCAGAGCCUUGUGACUUGUCUGCGGAAGCCGGACGGCCGAGGGGGAACCCGCAUACGACGAUGGGUGCGGAUCAGGGAGACUAUGAAGGCCACUUGUGUUAUCUUGGAUCAGUUCCAGGAACUGCCUCAACUGCUGGAUCCGCAUCUGCCCAAGUGGAUUCCCUUCCUGGCAGAGUCAUAUCUGGAGUAUCUGCAGACGCGGCAUCGACACAACCGCGCUCCAGAGCAGACCAAUCUGCUUGCUCCCCUCGACUAUGCCAUAUCAAGGAUUCUCUAUUCGUUCUGCAAGGUUCGCGGGGAAAAGGUCAUCGUGCGCUUCCUCAAUGUUGAGACCAAGUAUCUAGAGCUCAUUCUUUCAGCUGUUGAAGAGGCUGAAGUCGACGCCGGCAAGGAGAAAAAGGACUUCCUUGCCGAACGAGCUUCAAAUGACGGAUGGUCGUGGGAGCAGCGUUACAUUGCGCUGCUCUGGCUUUCCCACCUUUUGUUCGCGCCGUUUGACCUGUCGACCAUUUCCUCUGCCGAUCUGGAUGAGGGUGGCGUGCCGUCUAUUCCAGGGUUCAACUGGCCUGCGAAUGUGCCGGGUCUUACGAUGAGAGUUAUCCCUCUGGCUACCAAGUACAUCGCCUCUGCAGGUAAAGAACGAGAUGCUGCCAAGGCUCUCCUUGUGAGACUCGCGAUGCGACGCGACAUGCAGCAGAUUGGUAUUUUGGAGAGUCUCGUGCAGUGGUCUUUGAAAUCUCUACGGCCUCAAAAGGAGACUGAGAUUGAUAACCCAUAUUUCUACAUCGGCGUGCUCUCUUUCCUGGCUGGAAUACUGCGUUCUGCAUCCGAGACGUCAUAUAUGGACAAGUAUUUGCCUACCAUAUUUGAAUCCGUGCUCGAGCUAUCCACUGGCGAGGAUGCAAUCUCAAAAAUCAUCAUGUCUCAGGCAUCAGCACGGAAGAUGAUGCUGAAAGUCAUCCGCUCGCUCAUCGUUUCGCUAUUGCGUUCUUCCCGGCGAGAUAUGAAAACAACGAUCUUGGUAGAGAAUGCAAUCGGUUACUUCCUUGAGAGCCUCUCUGACAACGACACUCCGGUUCGCUUGUCCGCUAGCAAGUCACUUAGCAUCAUUACAUUGAAACUGGACCCAGAUAUGGCAUCCCAGGUUGUCGAGGCUGUCCUGGAGUCCUUGAACCGCAAUGUGCUUUGGAACAAGACAUCAACCAAGUCAGGGGCCAAGCCGGUUCGCGACUUGUCUGCUGUGAAUCCCUUGGAAUGGCAUGGCUUGAUGAUGACCUUGUCGCACUUGCUCUAUCGACGAUCUCCACCAGCCAGCCAGCUCUCCGAUAUCUUUCACUCCCUUCUUCUAGGAUUGACUUUUGAACAGCGCGGUGUGUCGGGAGCCAGCGUGGGAUCCAACGUUCGCGACGCGGCCUGCUUUGGUAUCUGGGCAUUGGCUCGCCGAUACACGACUGACGAGCUCCUUGCGGUGUCCACCAAGUCAGUCUACGCGGCCAAAUCUCACCCUGUGACGAGCUCCAUUCUGCAAGUUCUGGGCACAGAGCUGGUGACGACGGCGUCCCUAGACCCGGAAGGAAAUAUCAGGCGCGGAGCUUCAGCCGCGCUGCAGGAACUCAUUGGCCGACACCCAGAUACCGUGGAGCAUGGCAUUGGAGUCGUCCAGAGUGUCGAUUACCAUGCUGUGGCUCGAAGAUCGCGUGCCGUCCAGGAGGUUGCUACUGGUGCGACAAAGCUGUCAGCGCAGUACGGAGAGGCUGUUGUCGAUGGCAUCUUGAGCUGGCGGGGAAUCGGCGACUUGGAUACGGGCUCGAGGAGAGCUGCUGGCUCUGCCUUUGGCACGCUUAUAGUACAACUGUCUGAUACGGGCUCGGCAACGCCAUUUUCCCGCUUUGAAGAAUCGAUCGACUCGGUGAUGGAUCGCUUGGGCAGUUUGCAAAAAAGACAGGUGGAGGAACGACACGGUUUGCUGGCAUGCUUUGCUGGGGUCGUGGACGGCUUCCCUGAACUUGUUCAAAAGGCUCAGGGAAAAUUGCUAGACCAAGCUACUGUCCGCAAGAUACUGGGCUACAUAUCUGGAAUUCUUGAAGACUGCAAGAAAACCGAGUAUCGCAGGCCUGAGCUUAUUGUGGAGGCGGCAAGUCGCUUGGUUGUAUCCUCUUUGCCCAUCAUCCAGGCUGCAACGUUGAGCGACUUUUCUUACGACAAAUUAGAAAAAGGAAGCGAUGUAUUAUCUAUGGAAAACACAAUUAGGUUACCAGAUAUCGCCUCAGCCUUUGGCUCGGCACAGCAAAUCCCCGAGAUGGAGACGUUGAUCUCAAGAUUGCAAGAUGUGAUGCCACAAUGGCUCAGUAAAAAUGAGCAAGAAACUGCCGAAUCAGCCUCCGCAGCUGGCUUGAUGCUUCUGUUGCUCUCUUCACUGGAAGAGCGUAGCAAGAUUUUGGAGCAGUGGGCCAAGCUGAUCGCAGCCAAACCUGGAAGCCGAUCGGUCGUCACUGGAAACGGCUACUUUCAUGUCAUGGCAAUGGCGCAGCCUCUCUCGCACAGCUUGCAAGAUGAUUCAGGGAGUGACGUCGUAUGUGCUGCGUUUCUUGAGCGAUGGAGCGUCGAUAGCGAGGUUGAGACUAGGGUCGCCAUUCUGCAUAGUCUUUUGAGCAGCCGCAUUCUGAAGGACAGGCCGACAGUUUUCUUGGAUCUUCUUGCGGAAGGUCUCAAUGAUUAUACGACAACGGCUCGAGGCGAUGAGGGUUCCUUGGUGCGGUUCCAGACUCUCAAAGCCAUCGCAGUUCUCUGGGGGGACAUUGGUCAUCCUACGACUCAGGCAGACUGGGUAGAGGCGUCUGUUCGGAAACUGAUUUACAACAUUCUGCGGCUCUCUGCAGAGAAACUGGAUCGUGUCCGUCGCGUAGCAAAGGAUGUUAUUGCGCUGCUUAUGAGUGAGAGGACUUACUUUACCAAGUUUCUGAGUUUUUCAUCAAAGGCCUACUUUGCUCUACUGCUCAACCUCAUCCCCAAAGACGCUCUCCACCCGCACAUCAUGGCCAUAGUAAGCAGGGACGAAAACUGGAUGGCUGGUCUCAUGGCCGGCUUCGUUUCUUCGGCGGACACUGGAAACGAGGACCUGGUCAUUGCGAGUCGAGCUGCACUCACAGAGUAUUGCGAGGAAUCGCCUGAAAACCUGCAGCGAGUGUGCUCCGCACUAUUACACAAUCUGAAGACAUGCCAGGGCGAAGACCGGAUCAUUGUGCCAACACUGGAGAUUAUUGCGUUCCUCUUCCACACGGGGCUUUUCCAGCGCUGCCAGGGCAUCAGCUACCGCGGGCUCUGCCUGCAGACGCAAAAGGCGGGAUAUAAGACGGGCAACGUGCGCAAGGUCAUAGCCUGCAUCAAGGUUUACGGCGGUAUUGCGGCAUCAGCUGGAACCGCGAGCGGUGGAGAUAAUGUGGAGGCUGGAGCCAAAGAUGCGCGGAAGAGGCUCGGUGCGCUCAUGUCGCAUCCGUGGCCGCGGGUUCGCAGCGCUGUGGUUGAUGAGAUUUGGGGGCUUAUGGGCGGCGAGGAGGAUGAUGGUCAUGGGCUGACGGGUGUGGAUUGGGCGAGUGCGGAUAAGGGCCAAAUCAAGGCCUUGGUGACGGAGUUGAAGUUGGAGUAG